AAAGGAAGCUGAGAAAAGUAAAGAAGGAAGAAGAAGAAGAAGAAGAAGAUGGCAGCAGUGAGGAAGGUCAAGCUGGGCUCCCAAGGCCUACAAGUAUCUGUACAGGGGCUUGGAUGCAUGGGCAUGUCUGCUUUCUAUGGCAAUCCCAAAUCGGAGUCCGAGAUGAUCCCUCUCAUCCACCAUGCCAUCGACAGUGGCAUCACCCACCUCGACACUUCCGACGCCUAUGGCCCUCACACCAACGAAAUUCUCAUUGGAAAGGCCCUGAAGGGAGGAUACAGGGAGAAGGUGCAACUAGCGACCAAGUUUGGGCACGUAAUACGUGAAGAUGGGACCAGAGCCGGCGUCUGUGGUGAACCAGCAUUUGUUAGAGCUGCGUGCGAGGCUAGUCUGAAACGUCUGGACGUUGAUUACAUUGAUCUCUACUAUGUUCACCGAAUUGACACUCGUGUGCCUAUUGAAGCCACGGUUGGAGAACUUAAGAAGCUGGUUGAAGAGGGCAAAGUAAAAUGGAUAGGGCUGUCAGAGGCCUCACCGGAGACUAUCAGAAGGGCACAUGCAGUACAUCCAAUAACAGCAGUUCAGCUCGAGUGGUCUUUGUGGACACGAGAUGCUGAAGAAAGUGUUAUUCCUACUUGCAGGGAACUUGGAAUUGGGAUUGUUGCUUUUGGUCCCCUAGGAAGCGGAUUCUUGGCAUCUGGACCAAAAUUGGUUGAGAAUCUGAACACAACUCCUGAUUUUGAUGUCCGAAAGGCAAACCCAAGAUUUCAGCCAGAAAAUGUUCAGCACAAUCUGAAAAUGUAUGAGCAGGUUGAGGAAAUGGCUUCAAGGAAGGGUUGUACUCCAUCUCAGUUAGCAUUGGCAUGGGUUCAUCACCAAGGAGAUGAUGUCUGUCCAAUUCCAGGAACCACCAAGAUACGGAACCUCGAGAGUAACAUCAAGGCUUUAUCUGUCAAGUUAACCUCAGAGGAAGUGGCUGAACUCGAGUCCAUCGCUAAUGCAAUCAAGGGUGAAAGAUUAGCACCUCAGUACUUGGCUCUUACUUGGAGGUUUGCCAAUACUCCACCAUUGUCCUCGUGGAAAGCUACAUGAGUUGAUGUUCUGGCAGUCCAGUGGCUUCAGUUGUUUAAUGUGGAGCUCUAGUGUUUGGACCCUUUGUGUUUCGGGAGUAAAUUGUCUGAAAUGAAUCUUCUGUUCUAAUUGUCCUGGACAAUGUUGAAAAGGAAAUGGAAAUGGAUAAAUCUCUAAAUAAGAGGCCGGAGACAGUCUUUAUACCCUUGUGCUGUUUGAAUAAGAAAAUUUUCGUUCUGUUCUAC